CUCUGGGGCCAUAAGACGGACGCUGCUGGCUGAGGUGUAUGAACAGAGUCCUCACUUCAUCGAACGCCAAGGAUUGCAGAGACCGUCACAUAUUAGACAAGUACACUUCCUACACACCCACCAUAUCCUCAUCAUCCCACUACCCGCAGUCCAGAUACCGCGCAGUCGCAACACAAUGGUCGUUACUAAAACUAAAAACCCCAUCUCACCUGUCCAGUGGUGGAAGAGGGCCAAAGAUUUGAAUCUUGACCCGACGAGCCUCAACGUCACGACGUAUGAGGCCCAUUCAGCGUCCAAGUUCAACGAAACCGACUUCAUCCACUUGAAGGCUGUGUGGGAAAACAGAAUCGUGACCGAGUUCCACAUCAGCGAGUACGUGCGUGAGGAAUACGUUAGGAGAGCCGAGGAGCUUGUGGGCUUGAGGGCUAGCCCAUCGUCCGAGCAGGGGCAGCCUGUGUGCUUGCUGCGACAGAAUCUGCGAGCAUUCAUUGAUGCAUCUGCGGCUCCGUUUCGUCUGAAUGAUCCCGUGAACAGUCGACUUGGGCCGUUCCUCAUUGUCAAAUGGUACCUCGAACGAACUAAGGCUGUCAACAAUCAAGGCCUGGACCUGGGAGGAGACGUGCCCAAGCUCCUUCGAACGUCGGAGCGACUGCGGGAGAAAAGGCGAGCAGCGGAAGCCGCUAGGAAGGCCGAAGAAGCAUCGUUGUCCCAGAAGAUGGGCGCCAUUUUACUCGAAGAGCAGAACGCUCGAGAGCCGACGACUUCCGCCAAGAGACCCCAAACACCGUCCACACAGGUGAUAGAUGGUUCGGAUGCUGCCGUGGCCGCAACAAAAGAGCUUGACGUUAUCAGCCCAGAAAGCAUGCAGUUCGACAAGAGCCGAUCUGAGGACGAAGAGAUCGUCAACUCGGCAUUGGUGACACUGCUAAUCACCACCACCCUCUGCUCCGGUAUCGGUAUCGGCGGCCGUCAGGGGCUUGAAUGGCUUCCAAAGCGAGAGUGUUUCCGACUGGGGCCACUAAACCACCCCGUUUGCGAAGCUCGUACCGAUGGGCUUCUGCGCGACAACGGUUCAUGGAGCGGCGGCGAAGCGCACCCUUGCCAUCUUGGAAGUGAAGCCAUACAAGCGCCACAUGGCCUUGGAAAAGAUCAAGUGGCAAGAAGCUUGCCAAAUGGCCGCGUGGAUCUCGACCAGCCUUGACCAGAAAUCGGCGGAGAAGAGGAAAGAAGGGAUUCUGCGCACGAGUGACAACAAGAACCGGUAAGUAUUGUCGCCCGCAUCCCAUGGAGUUCCGUCCCCAUUAUCAAUAAUCAAG